AUGCAGCCAGCUAUAAACUUCAAUGUGGCUAGAAAAAACCCAGAGCUGAUUGCUCCGGCAAAGCCAACGCCUCACGAAUUCAAGGCCCUCUCCGAUAUCGACGAUCAAGAGGGCCUUCGCUUCCAAAUUCCAGCGAUUCAAUUUUACCGGAGAAAUCUCUCCGCAAAAGAGAAAGACCCCGUGAAGGUGAUCCGCGACGCCAUAGCCAACGCCUUGGUUCCCUACUACCCUUUCGCCGGGCGGCUGAGGGAGCAUGCUAACCGGAAGCUGGUGGUGGAGUGCAACGGAGAAGGGAUAGUUUUUAUUGAGGCUGAUGCUGACGUGUCUCUGCAGCAGCUAGGCGAUUCCCUCUAUCCGCCCUUCCCAUAUUUGGACAACCUGCUUCAUCAUCUCCCGGCCACUGCGGCAAUCAUCAAUUGUCCUUUGUUACUUAUUCAGGUCACGCGGCUAAAAUGCGGGGGGUUCGUGUUAGCCACCCGCCUGAAUCAUACAAUGAGCGACGGGGCCGGGUUGGUCCAGUUUUUGUCCGCGGUGAGCGAAUUUGCCCGCGGACACGCAUCGCCUUCAGUCCAGCCUAUUUGGGAAAGACACCUCCUCAGCGCUCGUAACCCACCGCACGUAACAUGCACGCACCACGAGUACGGGGACAACACCCCACCUGACGACAUCAACAUGGUGGACCGCAGCUUCCUCUUCACUCCCGCCGACAUCUCCGCCCUCCGCUGCAGCCUACCACCGUAUCUCCGCGGCUGCUCCAGCUUCGAUAUUGCGACAGCCUGCACUUGGCGGUGCCGCGCAAUCUCCCUCUCGCUAAACCCCGAGGAAGAGAUCGGACUCUCGUGCAUAGUGAAUGUACGAAAGCGACUCAAUCCGCCGCUCCCGGAGGGAUACUACGGAAAUGCUAUGGUCUACCCCGCCGCCGUCACAUCCGCCGGGAGAUUAACGACAAGUCCACUGCAGUACGCUUUAGAGCUAUUGAGAAAUGCGAAAUCACAAGCAACGUGGGAGUACGUAAAAUCAGUUGCGGAUUUGAUGGUUAUGAGAGGGAGACCGUGUUUAAAAAUGAGAGGGAUUUAUCUAGUGUCGGAUGUGACGCGGGUCGGUUUAGGUGAAGUGGACUAUGGGUGGGGCCCAGCAGAGUACGGUGGACCGGCCUUAUGUGGUAUUGAUCUAGUUCCUGGGGUGGUGAGUUUUGCUCUACCGUAUAAGAAUACAAAGGGCGAGAAGGGGAUAAGGUUCACCAUGUCUUUGCCGCCAAACGCCAUGGAUAAAUUCAUAAAUGAGCUUGAGACGGCCAUGGCGGCUGCUCGCAAAAGAUUGGUUGUUAGAGAAUCAGCGUUGUAAUGUUACUAAGUUGUAUCUUAAUUAGUCUCAGGGCCAGUGCAUCCUCACAUAAAAUAGGCCGAGACGCCAGUAUAGUAGGACCAGUCGUAUUAUUGAAAGUAAAUCUUUGUAUUUGUGUUUGA